UCGCCGGCUUUCUAGGAGCUGAACUUUUCAGGAAUAACGGAAAAGCUGCAGCCAGCUCAGCGCGAUGGGUCUGUUCAAGUUUAUAUGUGCGAUUAUUACCAGAGCCAUGUUCAUCCUCGUUUCUCUGACCGGGGUCUGGAGGGUGACAUGGGUCAAGAAGGAUCUGAGUUACGGUCGUUAUUACUGGUUCCUGACGUUCCUCUUCCUGCCGCUUGUCGUUGAAAUGAUUGUAACGCUGAAGCGCCGAAAGGGAAAAGAUUACAAAUGGUUUUCUCCUCCGAUCUUUCUGUUUCUCAUCAGCAUCAUUCCCUCCAUCUGGAUCCUGGAGCUCCACCAUCAGCAGAACAAAGACAGUGACCCUCUGUGCAAAAAGCUUGACUCUUGGGAGAAUGUGCGUGGAGUGGUCACUCUGAACAAGACCCUGGCGAACCAGACAUACGAGGACUACCUGAGGAUGUUAUCAUCUGUCUGUUCCAACGACUGGAUCCUGGCUCUCCAUCAGAUCCUGCUCAUCCUCCUCAUCGUGGGCAAGUGGCUUCUCCCACUGGGAGGCGGAGUCACGCGUGACGAGCUCUCGCAGCUUCUCCUAAUUUUUGUUGGCACGGCGGCGGACAUCCUCGAAUUUACCAGUGAGACGCUGUCAGACGUCAAAGAUAACAGCCCUCAGCUGGUCUACAUCAUCUUAGCCGUAUGGACUUGGAGCAUGCUGCAGUUCCCCCUGCAUCUGGCCGUGGUGAACUCCAAGCCAAACAGUGAGGAUGUGGAGGACAUCCAGGGGGUGUCGCUCAUGACUAAACACAGCACGGACAUGUGGAGCAUCGUGGAGGCCCUGUUCAUCCAGGACGGGCCUUUCCUGGUGGUCAGGCUCACCGUCAUGACCUACUUCAAAGUCUUCCACCAGAUGCUGAUUUUCUUCGCCAUCAAGAACUUCCUGGUGGUCAUACUGAACUUGUACAGGCUGGUUGUCAUAUGUCAGGACUUCAGGCCCUCCAGUAGCAGAACCAGCAGUGGCAAUGCCAUGCUAUGA